AUGUGGAGUGAGAAUAGUACUAGGGAUAGCAUAGAUAGUGAUGCAAGGUACGAGUGGAGUUUUUUAUUUGUGAUAUUAUUUAUAGUGGCUGGAGGUGUGGGUAAUAUUUUAGUGUGCUUAGCCGUCUGUUUGGAUAAGCGGCUACAAAAUGUGACAAACUAUUUUCUGUUAUCACUGGCGAUUGCUGAUUUACUCGUCAGUUUGUUUGUGAUGCCGAUGGGAGCUAUACCUGGAUUUUUAGGUUACUGGCCGUUGGGUGUUGUUUGGUGCAACGUGUACGUGACGUGUGACGUCCUUGCGUGUUCCGCUAGCAUCAUGCACAUGUGCUUUAUCAGCAUUGGCAGGUACCUUGGUAUCCGCAACCCACUGAAGAGCCGGCAUCAUUCAACCAAACGGGUUGUCGUAAUAAAGAUAGCGCUCGUAUGGCUUCUUAGCAUGUUCGUAUCGAGCUCCAUCACUGUUUUGGGUAUAAUUAAUAAGACGAAUAUAAUGCCGACGCCGGACCUCUGUGUGAUAAACAAUAGAUUGUUUUGGGUUUUUGGGUCCCUUGUAGCAUUCUACAUACCCAUGUUGAUGAUGGUGGUAUCGUUCGCGCUGACUGUCCAACUACUGAAACGGCAAGCAAGGCUGGCAGCAACUCCUGUACCAGGAGGAACUCAAAGAAGGCAAUGUGGCGGUUACGAUAACGGCCCCUUACAAUGUGUGCGAAGGCUAGGAGCUAGAAGCUCUCCUGAUCUCUCACCCAGAACAAAUGUGUCGAGGCAGCUAACUUGGAGAGUCACGUCUACUACACGGACGCAGCGCAACAAAAUCGGCAUGAGCGUCUCUCAUCCACAGCUAAGUUACAUGAAUGGUUGUGGCAACGGUACAGGAUCGGGCCCAUCCAGACGAGGUCGGGACGUAGCAACACAGACCCCACCAAGUAUAGCAGCGGAGACUAGAAGAGCGAGGUUAAAACCUUUGAAGAUAUCACUUGCUGCACCAAAUGCUUUAUCUUUAAGAUUCCUGGCAAACCGCAAAAAGGACCGGUCGAUGUCAGCCAACGCUGUAGCCAACGAACAAAAGGCGACAAAAGUUCUAGGCCUCGUGUUCUUUACGUUUGUGCUGUGCUGGGCGCCGUUCUUUCUUCUUAACAUAUUAUUUGCAUCAUGCCCAGCUUGUAUAGUUCCAGAGCACGUGGUGGAUAUUUGCCUGUGGUUGGGAUACGUGUCUUCAACCAUCAAUCCGAUUAUCUACACCGUAUUCAAUAGAACCUUCAGAGCAGCAUUUCUAAGACUAUUAACAUGUCAUUGUAGCAGGAGAGGGCGUUGCACCCGCUACAGAUCGGUCGGGUCUACUCGUGGGGCAUCACAGUUAUGUGCGCGAUCAGCACUACCCCUAGCAAUAUCGUUGCGGCCAUCAGCCAUGCCUACAACAACACCCACUCAGGAGACUACCGAAACAGUUCUAAUUGAACCACAGUUAAGUGACUUUAAAGUUAGAUAC